AUGUUCGCCAGACAGGUGGUUUGUGGCGGCAGGAUAGCCGGGCGGCGGUUGUUCGCGAACAGUGCACUGCGGAUGGGUCCGCAGACCGCGGCUGCGGCGACCCGGUCGGUCCCUCGGCGGGUGCUGGGAGCUGCUUUGAAGGUGGCGGGUGCGACUCUUCUUGCAGGAACUGCGUGGGUGUCCUACGAGCUCUACCGGGAGUCGAACCCCGCAGCCCAGGAGCCGCAGAGCGCCACAUUCCCGGAUGGUUCCCCACGGAAGACGCUGGUGGUGCUAGGGUCCGGGUGGGGCUCGGUCACGCUGUUGAAGAACUUGGAUACCACACUAUACAACGUCGUGGUUGUAUCUCCGCGGAACUACUUCUUGUUCACGCCGUUGUUGCCCUCCACGCCAGUCGGCACAGUGGAGCUGAAGUCGAUCGUCGAGCCAGUGCGCUCGAUCACCCGGCGGAGACCAGGCGAGGUCAUCUACUAUGAGGCUGAGGCCCUAGAGGUUGACCCGCAGAGCAAGAAGGUGCGCAUCCGCUCCGUCGAGCAGGGCGAGCACAAGUACGAAAUGGAACUAAACUACGACUGUUUGGUGGUCGGUGUCGGAGCACAGCCCACCACCUUUGGCACUCCGGGCGUCUACGAGCAUGCCUCCUUCUUGAAGGAGAUUCCAGAUGCCCAGGACAUUCGUGUUAAGGUCAUGAACAACAUAGAGAAGGCUGCUGCACUCUCUCCAAACGAUCCUGAGAGAAAGCGCUUGUUGUCCUUCGUUGUUGUUGGCGGCGGCCCUACUGGUGUGGAAUUUGCGGCGGAGUUGCAGGACUACGUUGACCAGGACUUGUCGAAGUGGAUGCCUGAGCUCUCCAAGGAGAUCAAGGUCACACUUUGCGAGGCUUUGCCUAACAUCUUGAACAUGUUCGACAAGUCCCUAUGGCAGUACGCCCAGGACUUGUUCAAGCAGGAGAAGAUCGACUUGAAAGUGAACACCAUGGUUAAGAACGUCACUGCCACCCACAUCACCACCAAGUGCGGCGACCAGCUAGAGGAGCUGCCGUACGGUGUGUUGGUCUGGGCCACCGGUAACGCCCCCCGCGACGUCUCCAAGUCCCUCAUGAAGAAGUUGGACCAGCAGACGUCGCCUCGUGGCUUGCUCAUCAACGACAAGUUGCAGUUGCUCGGUGCGGAGGACUCCAUAUACGCCAUGGGUGACUGCACCUUCUACCCCGGAUUGUUUCCUACGGCACAGGUCGCGCACCAGGAGGGUGAAUACCUCGCGCACGUGCUCAAGAAGCAGCACAAGAUCGACCACCUCCGCUGGCAACUCGCCGACGCGGAGCCAUCCCAAGUUCCCCGCAUCACGGCCCGCCUCGAGAAGGCUGAGGCCGCCAUCCAGCCCUUCAAGUACAACCACCAGGGCGCCUUGGCCUACAUCGGCUCUGAGAAGGCCAUUGCAGACAUCGCCAUCGGCGAGUCCAAGUACCGCCUCGCAGGUUCCUGGACUUUCCUCUUCUGGAAAUCCUCCUACUUGGUCAUGUGCCUCUCAUUCCGCAACCGUAUCUUGGUCGCUCUAGAUUGGUUGAAGGUCUCCUUUUUGGGUAGAGACUCGUCCGUGUGA